AUGGCCGCCGCGGCUGCCCCGGCCGCCCCCCUCCCCACGGCUCCUACCACCUCGCGUCGCUGCUCCCCCGUCAAGCAAGAAUCGAUGGACGCCAUCACUGAUCUCUUGCAAGCCACGCUCUGCAAAAUCGAGACGGCCUCACCCGCUCCCGCUCCCUCGUCCUCGUCCACCCUCGCGCCUCGCCGCGGUGUCAAUGUACUAUCCCUUCAAAAUCUGGCCGAGACCAACACGGCGGCCCUCACGCCCGCCCUGACCCCGGUCCCGCCACCCGCCGCCAACACCACCAGCUCGAGUGUCCCCUGCACCCCCACCAACGCCUGCAAGACCGCCAACGUCACACCCCGCAAGGCCCGCCUCACGCGUCGCCUGACCUGGAGCGACGAACGCGGUGGUCAACUCGAACACAAGUGCCACUUUAGCAAAUACGACGAACCCUAUCGCUGUGGUCGCCGACCCCACGCGCGCCCCACCGUCCAAGCCGACCUCGACAUUGGCGCCACCCUCACCGACUCGAGCACCGUCCUGGCCUUUGACUCGGCCCAGCUCUGCGCUCCACACCUCAUGGCCGAACGUGCCUGCCAGCAAGGCGUCGUCCUUGAACAAAUCAACGUCCGCCUCCCCUACAUCUUUUGCACCGUUCGGGUCGCCAACCUGGCUUACGCCAAAUCGGUCAAGAUCAAAUACACUUGCGACAACUGGGCCACCUCGGACGUGGUCGAGGGCGCCUGGAUUUCCUCGGGCCUGGAACGCGACACGGAGCGCUUCGUCGCCACCAUCAGCCUCUACAACUUUCGUCUCAUCAAAAAUCUUCAGCUCUGUGUCCAGUACAACGCUGCCGAUCAAGAACGCUGGGACAGCGCCGAUGGGCGCAACUACCAGCUUCGCCAAGUCUCCCGUGCCGAUGCCCGCACCCUUUCCCCUCCCCCCUACCGCAAAUGGCAACAACAGGGGGCCUGGCAUGACUCGUGCCUCGGCGCCUUUUUGUGA